AUGCCGUCAAUUUCAACGGCAAAUAGGAUUGACGACUUGCCGGAUUCAAUUCUAUGUCACAUUCUCUCCUUUCUCCCAACUAAACAGGCUGCAACCACAAGCGUCCUUUCAAAGAGAUGGAAACCGGUGUGGCUCUUAGUCCCUGCUCUCGACUUUGAUGAUGAAACCUUCAAAGACUUCGGUAAGUUUCACAACUUUAUUCGCUCAACGUUCACUUUGCGAGACAAAAAUGAUGCAAUCCAUUCAUUUAAAUUCAAAUGCGGUAGAUGCAAUAUGGCCAAUAAAAAACGUCUUACCAAAUUACCUCCUCACAUUUUCAAUUUUAAGAUGCUUCAAGUUCUUACGUUGACAAACAUGCAAGCGUUUCAUUUUGAUCAAGUGGAUUUUCCACAUCUCAAAACUCUUCAUUUGAAUAGUGUUCAUUUCAUAUCUCAUGAAUAUAUUAUGAAAUUUCUACUUGGUUGUCCUAUUUUAGAGAAUUUGCAAUCAGGGUUAUACCUGUCAGGUAUAAAGGACAACAUAAUAGAAAAUUUGAAUGCUUUAUCUAAUUUGGUCAAAGUAAGGAUUUUUGGUUUGAACACUCCAAUGGCGUUGGUUUGUAAGACAAAGAUUUUGCAUAUGGAAGAGGUAUGA